GUCUCCUAGUGCGGUAUCUCGACGCUUUUGAGUUCCGCUCGACCUUGCCCAGCUGCCCGUAGCUACCUCUUCGCCAGUUGCUGGUGAACGCAGCAGGCCAGGCAGCAUCUCUAGAAAGAGGUGCAGUCGACGUUUCGGGCCGAGACCCUUCGUCAGGACUAACUGAAGGAAGAGCUGCUUCUUCUUUGAACUGGAAGAUUUGGAGAGUUGCAUGACGGAGGACAAAAUUUCAUGGACAAAGAAGCAAGCCGCUUGGAGAAGGACUAUGUUCACAGUGUGUAUGAGAAGAUUGCCCCACAUUUCAAUGACACUCGCUACAAGGCCUGGCCCAGAGUACGGCAGUUUCUUCUAGAACAAGAAUCUGGCAGCCUUAUUGCUGAUAUUGGAUGUGGAAAUGGGAAGUACCUUUGUAUCAACAAUCAAGCCUACAAAGUAGGCUGUGACUAUUGCCUGCCUUUGGUAGAAUCUGCAAGGGAACAGAGCUAUGAAGCCAUGGUAUGCGACAGCCUGCAUCUCCCAUAUCGCAAUCAAUGUUUUGAUGCCAUUCUCUCCAUAGCAGUGAUACACCAUUUUUCGACAAAAGAACGCCGUAUUCAAGCAAUAAAGGAAAUGGCAAGGAUUCUGAGAGUGAGAGGAAAGAUGAUGAUUUAUGUAUGGGCAAUGGAGCAAAAGAGGCGGAAGUUUGAAAAGCAAGAUAUUUUUAUUCCAUUGAACCCUGCACCUCCACCUGCACAGUCUUCGGAGAACAAAGUAAUGAAUGAAGAUAAAUCUUUCCAGCAUAAUAAUAAUGUUAUUCAUAAAGACAAACCAUUUAUUUGUAACCGUGAAGACAACAUCUAUGAAAAACAUGUGAAGACAAGUCGGAAUUCCAUUUUGGGAAGGGAGAAUAUAUUGCUGGUUGAAAAAUGUUUUAAAUUAUGGUUGUUUUCUCAGUCACUGAAUUCUGUGCUAAAAUUUAGUAGCAAUAAUAGAACAAAGACUCCCAAUGAACUAUGGCUGUAUCAAGAUUAUUCUACGACAUUUAAAACAAAUAAUGUGAUAAAAUCAUUUGACCACCUGACCAGUUUUGUUUCUGAUGAGUUCUCUUAUGGACAGAGUUGUGAAGAUGUUCUGUCUGAAUCCCAACCUUCUAGCUUUCUUAGUGGUUCAGAGUCUGUUGCACAAUUUUUUGAAUAUCCAUGUGCAGGAUCGUCUGGAAUCCCAGAUUCUUCUGGCUUAUUAUCCAGCUGCAUUGCAGUUUCUUCACCAGAUCUUGGUUCACAGCUUCUGUUCCAAAGUAAGCUCCACAGUCGCCCCAAGAAAAAUAAAUCAGCUAGCUGCUCUACUCAUGAGAAAAACAGACAUAUUUUGGGUCCACCAAUGCAGAGAAGUUUAAUCACUGAAUCCAAGAACUGGCCUUUGGAGGCACAAGUAUUGUCAAAGGACAAGGAUCAGAUUAAUUUCAAUAGUGCCUGUCUCAGAUACUAUCAUGUUUUUAAAGAAGGGGAGCUUAUUGAGCUCAUAGAAAAGUACACUGAAGAUUUAAAGAUAAUUGAGACAUAUUAUGAUCAUGCCAACUGGUGUGUAAUUGCAGAAAAAGUAUGAGUUUGCCUUCUGUAAAUUAAACGAUAGCCAUAUCCGUGCCAGAGAAAAGCAAUAAACUUGAUAUCAGUUGUUACUACUGUUAAAUAUUUAUACACAUUAUUUUCAUUUGGGUUGAUUUAAUUUGUGUAUUACUUUAAUAUUGAAGUUAGUGAUAACAUAGUACUUGAACAAAGUGCACUGACAAAUGUUAGUAUAGUAAUGGUUGUACUUUAAUUCAGUACUUCCAUGUGCUUGGAUUACUAACAUGCCAGGAAUUAACAAAAACUAACUUAUUGUACAUUAUAAUAAAGUAUUCUAUUAAGUACAAUGCUGCUUUGUGUAGUGGGGGCAGGGGGGGGGGGAAUGUGGUUAACAUGAUUAAAAUCUGUUUGGCUGAAAUGUUUAAAAUUACUGCCCAGGCCAGUAACCCUUCUCCAGUGUCACCAUGCUUCAAGUUCUGAUUAGCUAAUGUCUGAAGUGCAAGCACCUCAGCAACCACCUCCACGCCCCCCCCCCCACCCCGCCAGCUUUAGUGCCUAUACGUUUACGAUAGCAUAGCCAGAUCAGAAAUAAAAUCAGAUUUAACAUCACUGGCAAAUGUCGUGAAAUGUGUUGUUUUGUGUGGCAGCAGUACAUUGCAACAUAAAAGUACUAUAUUAAGUUGCAAUAAGAGUGCGUGUACCCACUCAGGUGGAGGCACUGGACCCCUUUGCUCUACACUAAUUUUGACAAAUGCAUCAUAGAUACAUGAUGGCUUGGUAUGACAAUUGUUCUUAAUGAGACUGUAAAAGAUAGGACACAGCUGGGCACAUCACAGAGCCCCCCCCCCCCCAAAGUGUCUGUCUCUUCCCCUCUCCUGUUGGGUGGAAGAUACAAGCCUUGAAAGCAUGUACCACCAGGCUCAAGGAUAGCUUCUAUCCCACUCUUGGAAGUCCAUUGAACUGUCCUCUAGUAGGGAAAGAUGGAUUUUUCAUCUCAAUCUACCUCAUUGUACUUUAUUUUCUGCCUGUACUGCAUCUUCACUGUAACACUUUAUUCCCUUGCACGGAGGUAGUACAAGAUGAAAACUAACAGAAUGCAGAAUAAAGUUUUUCAUUGUACCUCAGAAUAUAGAGCAUAGGACCAUUGGACGUAGGAGCAGAACUGGGCUAUUUGGCCCAAGUCUACUCUGCUAAUUAAUCAAGGCUGAUCCAUUUUUCCCCCUCCUUAGCCCCACUCCCCAACCUUCUCCUUUCAACCUUUAAUGCCAUGUCCAAAUCGAGAAUCUAUCAAGCUCUGCCUUAAAUACACCUACCCUGCGCAGCUACCUGUGGUCACAAAUUCACCACCCUCUGGCUAAAGAAAUUUCUUCACAUCUGUUUUAAAUGGAUGCCUCUCUAUCCUAACGCAGAGCCCUCUCAUCCUAGACUCCUUUCCACAUAUGCUCUGUCUAGGCUUUUCAAUAUUCGCAAGAUUUCAAUGAGAUUCCACCACGCCCCCCCAUCCACCCAGAGCUAUCAAAUGAUCCUCGCAUAACCCUUUCAUUCCCAGAAUCAUCCUUGUAAACCUCCUCUGGACCUUCUCCAAUGCCAGUACAUCUUAGUGAGGAGCCCAAAAUUAUUCACAAUACUCAAGGUGACUUAUAAAACAUGUGACAAUAAUAAACCAAUUUACCAAUUAUUUCUCUCAGGUUUGAUAAUUGGCUUAUUUAAUCAAACUAAUCAAGUUAUUUGAUCAGUGUGGUUGCUUUUCUUUAUAUUUAUAUUAAAGAGAUUUUAUGCAAUGACAGUCACAAAUGCUGCUACUUGGAAAAUGAUCUUUCUCAAAUCAAUUAAUGGUCAUAAAUUUAAAAUUAUAAGAGAUGGGAUAGUCAGAAUCAUUUUAUGUGGAAGGGGUAUCAAAAUCAAUAAAGGUUUAAGGUCAAAGGAAGGAGUUUUAAAGGGUAUCUGAGAGGAAUGUUUUUUAUACAGUGGUUAAUAUCUGGAGUUUGCUGCCAAAGUGGAUGGUGGAAUCUGAUACAAUUGCUACUUUCAAGUGAUCUUAGACAGUUAUUCAAAUAGACAAGGAUUAGAAGGUACAGACCUAAUGCAGGCAAAUGGGAUUGGUGUAGGUUGGCAAAAUGAUCAGCAUUGACGUGGUUGGCUGGAAGGUAUGUUUCAGUGCCAUGCAACUCUGUGAUGCUAUGACUUGCCGUAACCUUUGCAACAAAUAACCACACUUGAACUAAGCCCUAUCUGAUAGCCCUUUGUUAUUUAAGUUGUUAAAUCAUAGCAAAGUAUUGGUCAAAUAAUGCAGAUUAUGCAGUUAGCAGUAAAAUAACUCUAGCAUUGAUGUUGAAGAAAGUUGCCCACAAAAACUCAAAACUUUUUCUGGUAUGUUUUGCCCUUGUUUUCUCAAUUGUUUUUUGUCAUGCAGCAAUUAAGUCACCAUGUAGAUUGUAUGUCCAAAUAUUUUCAA